AUGGACUGUAUUGGCGUGAGGGUACGAACAAAGGGCAGUCACCUCAACCACCCGCUCCUCCGUGCCACGGUGGAUGAGGCAUCGGAAUCACUUCGGAGUGGGAUACAACAGGGUGGUCCAGUGACACGGCAACUACUUCACAAGCCAGUAUUGCUGGAUGUUACCGGUUGUAUUAUCAAGACUACCAGAGAACCAGUAUGCAAGACACCUUUACAUAAGAUACUGUCAAACACAUACAGUGGAAGAAAUACCUACGUUGCAAGCAGGUCCGUGGCAGAAUUGACAAGCGUUCCUACUUCAGCCCAAGUUAGUGCUGUUCCUCAGCCAGAGAGUUUUUGCUAUACCCUGGACAACGAUGUCCUCACCACAGAGCAAAGGCAGUUCUAUGAAGACAACGGGUAUCUGCUCAUUAAGAAGCUCGUUUCUGAUGAAGACAUUGAGCGCUUCAGGAAGGAGUUCGUAAGGAUCUGUAGAAAAGAGGUGGAUCCCGUGGGAGCUAUGAUUAUGAAAGACGAGUCCCUGAGAUCCCAGUAUGGCCAGUCUGAAAAAGUAGUUAAUAAAGUGCAGGAUUUCCAGGAAGACGAAGAGUUGUUCAGAUACUGUACUCUGCCAGAGGUCCUCAGAUAUGUUGAGUGCUUCACAGGGCCAAACAUCAUGGCAAUGCACACCAUGCUGAUAAAUAAACUUCCAGAUUCUGAUAAACAGACUUUUCUCCACCCCAUGCAUCAGGACUUGCACUAUUUCCCCUUCCGGCCUGCGGCCCGCAUCGUGUGCUCCUGGACCGCCAUGGAGAGGGCCGACCAGGACAACGGGUGCCUGGUCGUGCAGCCAGGGACACACAAGGAGCCCCUGAAGCCUCACGGCUAUCCACAGCGGGAGCAUAAAGCCAACAAACUUUUCCAUGGGCUGCUUGAUGAGGAUGAGAAGAGUCCCAGGGUUCACCUUGUCAUGGAGAAGGGAGACACAGUGUUCUUCCAUCCCCUGCUCAUUCAUGGCUCUGGGAUAAACAAGACAUCAGGUUUUCGAAAG